UCUUAUUACACGACUACUACGUAAGAUCCCAGGAUCUUUGGAAGCGAGAAGCCAGAGCCCAGUGCCCAGACUCCAUAGCAAAACAGAGCGUCUCGUUUCCUGCUCUUCUCGUAACAACUGCGAAUAAAUGGGUGAAAGUGAUUCUCUAGCAGAGUUCCUUGCCGUUGCCGUUGAUGCAGCAAAGAAGGCUGGAGAGAUAAUUCGCAAAGGAUUUCACCACGCGAAGCAUGUCGAGCAUAAAGGCCAGGUGGAUUUGGUAACGGAAACUGAUAAGGCAUGUGAAGCUCUUAUAUUUGAUCACCUUAAGCAGCAUUUACCGGAGCAUAAGUUUAUUGGAGAAGAGACUACUGCUGCAUGCGGUGCUACAGAACUGACCGACCACCCAACGUGGAUUGUCGACCCACUUGAUGGAACGACCAAUUUUGUUCAUAGGUUCCCUUUUGUAUGUGUUUCUAUCGGUCUUACAAUUGGAAAGAUUCCUACUGUUGGUGUUGUGUACAACCCAAUACUUGAUGAGAUGUUUACUGGGAUUCUUGGAAAAGGUGCUUUUCUUAAUGGAAACAAAAUAAACGUGUCUUCUCAAACAGAACUGGUGAAAUCCCUCCUUGCAACAGAGGUUGGAACAAAGCGUGACAAGGAAACUGUAGAUGCUACUACAAAUAGAAUUAAUAGCUUACUUUUUAAGGUAAGAUCUCUUCGGAUGAGUGGCUCCUGUGCUUUGAACCUCUGUGGAAUUGCAUGUGGGAGGCUUGAUCUCUUUUACGAGCUUGGAUUUGGGGGCCCCUGGGAUGUGGCAGGUGGAGUCGUGAUUGUUCAGGAAGCAGGAGGAUGCAUAUUUGAUCCAUCUGGCAAGGACUUUGACAUCACAUCUCAGCGAGUAGCAGCUUCAAACCCUCAUCUUAAAGAUGCUUUUAUUGAGGCUUUAAGAAAUGCAGAAUGAGAUGGACCUUCCAAUAUCGGAACCAGAGUUCUCCAAUUCAUUCAAAUUUGUCAUUUUGACCAUUAUCAUCUAAAGAAAUAUCAAGGUCCACCAAACUUUGACCAGCUUUUUUUUCUUUCUUUUUUUUUUCCAACUGGCUUUUGGCAUUUUGAACUGCCAAAGUGCUUAUGCUCAUUUGUGAUUCCAAAUUUCCAAUGUCAUAUCAUUGACAAUAUUUAUCAGGUCUAUUUUUAAGCCAUAACAUGCUGUUCUUUUUAAUAA